GCGCGCCGGUUGACGGCAGUGUGUGGCGUCUGUGUCCAUGUGCAGCCGCCGACAACAUGGCGGUGAUGAAGCAGCCGGGGAGGGAACUAACCAGGGAUUUGCUAUCCCUUGGUGCAGAAGAGGAGGAUUUGUUCAAGACUGAACAUCACCUGACCGAUAGUGAAGAUGAGAAUGGCAGUGAUGAUGAGAGAAAACACCAAAAGCUGCUGGAGGCAAUUAGCUCCCUUGGUGACAAAAAAAGGAAGAAGAAGAUGGAGAGGACAGAGGCUAGUUUGCAGGUUUCAGAGUUUACUGUCAGUUCAGAAGGCACGGAUGAGAAGAUUCAGCUAUCGGAUUUGUUGGGAAGCAUCGAACCAUCGUCGUCUUCUUCUUUAAAUAACCUGAAAAAACAGCUCACAAAGUUUGAGAAAGCAAGCAAGACGCUUGAUUUACCCCUCAACAAGCAGCAAAGUGAAAAGAUUCAAAGGACAUUGGCAUACGAGAAAACGACAAAGGAGAUUACAAAAUGGGAUCGUGUUGUGUUACAGAACCGGAAAGCAGAGCAGCUCACCUUUCCACUAAACAACGAACCACUUACUGUCAAACCAAUGGAGGAAAUGAUAGCUGGUUGGAAGGCCCGGACACCCUUGGAACAGGAAAUUUUUAACUUGCUUCACAAAAACAAGCCAGUAACUCUGCCUGUUAUGACAGCUCGAGAACAUGCUUCCCGGCGAGCUAUGUGUCUGGAGGAGGCACAAGAGCGUCGAGCUGAGCUGCAGAAAGCAAGAGCUCUUCAGUCAUAUUAUGAGGCGAGAGCAAAAAGAGCAAAGAAAAUCAAGAGCAAAAAGUUCCAUAAAAUCGUGAAAAAGGUGAAGCACAAGGAGAUUUUGAAGAAGUUUGAAGAACUAAGAAAGACUAAUCCUACGGCAGCUCUUGAAGAACUGAAGAAAAUGGAACAAAUCCGAAUGGAGGAAAGAAUGUCGCUCCGGCACCAAAAUAGUGGAAAAUGGGCCAAAUCUAAGGUCAUCAUGGCAAAAUAUGAUAAUGAGGCUCGUAAUGCAAUUCAGACGCAGUUAGAAAAGAAUAAACUACUCACGACAAAAGUGAUCCCUCAGUCAGAGAGUGAGGAUGAAGUGGAAGCUGAGGUGGACAAGGAUGACAUUGUUCCAGAUUUUGUGAAUGAUAUUCAGAUGAGCACUGCAGCUAACCCUUGGAUGUUGGGAAAACUGAGCACUGAUCCGCAGCAUUUUGAAGCUGAGAAACCGGAGGUAGUUUCUGCUGUGAAGUUGGAUGACAGUGGAGAAUCAGACGAGGGGGAGAAACCAUCAGAAGAUGAGAUGUUACUGCAGGAAUUCGAUGAACGAAGGAAAAUCCGUAAAAAAAGUGACGGUGCACAGACUGUUAAAGUGGGUGAAAUAAUGGAUGCAGAUAGCGUUAACAAUAACAAAGAACAGAAAACCACUGUGCCUAUUGACCAGGACAAAAAAGAGGAUCAUCUCGAUGAUGACGUGUGUGAGUUUAAUCAUAUUUUUAAGACAUUGGUUAAGAAUAAAUCACAGCCUUUGUCGAUCAAACCGAAGAAAAAUCAAAGAAAAAAUAAGAAAUUGAGAAUUGAGAACAGCAAGGAGGACGCACAGAUACCGGCAGAGGAAGAAGGCCCAAUACUAAAUGAACAGUUGGAGCGCAAAGAGACUGUCGAAGAACUUGAGGCUUUGGGUCGUGAUGAAAAAUAUGAACUUAAUGAGGCAUCAGCCUUGAAUACACCACAGAACAGUAAUGAUGAAGUUAAUUCAGAAAAUAUAUUGGAUACUAAAACCAAAGUAAAAAAAGACCAUAUCAAUCCAAAAAAUGUGUUGAUGCUUGCAUCAAAAACCAUUAAAGUGCCUUUGGUUCCAACAGCAAUAGAGGAGGAGGAUGAGGGUCAAGAGGAUCAACGUAUGAUCAUUAAGGAGGCCUUUGCAUCAGAUGACGUAAUUGGUGAUUUCAUUAAAGACAAGAAGAGGCAGAUUAAUGCCAACAAACCAAAAAUCAUUAACUUGGUAUUGCCGGGCUGGGGUGAAUGGGGAGGUCAGGGUCUGCGCCCAAGUGCAAAGAAGAGAAGAAGGUUCUGCAUUAAAGCACCCCCAGCUCAGCCAAGGAAAGAUCAGAAUUUACCUAAUGUUAUAAUCAGCGAGAAACGAGACAUUCAGAUUGCAGCACAUCAGGUAAAUGAACUACCUUUCCCAUUUACCAAUCGGAAUCAAUUUGAGAAGAGCAUCUGUGCUCCCCUUGGGAAUACAUGGAAUACCGAGACAGCAACAUGCAAAUUAACUUUACCAAAAAUUGUGACAAAGUUGGGUGCAAUAAUUGAACCAAUCUCUGGAGAGGAUGUAUUUCAGGACCAGAAGAAGUGUUUGAAAACAAAUAUGGAACAAAUUCCUCAUAAAAACAGAAAAAGACCACACAAAAACUCAUUUAAACGCUUUAAAAGGCAUAAUUGCAUCACGCCACAAAACUAAUAAUCUGCUUAUUGCAGACUCUUGCCAUGCCCUUAGAUGUUGUGAAUUAAAUAUGGACCCAGUUUGUUGGCCAAUUAAACCUGACAAUCAGA